UAAGAGGUUUAAGGUUCAGGGUAACCGUGAGUUUUCUUCAUCAGCUCUUGAACUAGCAUACCAGAAGCUCUGCCAGGACUGUGCUAGGAAGUGAUAACUAGAUCGAUUGAUACAUAAGAACACGUUUGUCAGGUCAUCGUAGCUGGUGGACAGGAUGGUGGCGCAAGCCUUGCCACUAGGUAGCUGUCAUGCAGGGUCUUCUGAGCUGUGGGAAUAAUAUCUCAGACCCAUCGCUUAAACAAUCGUUAUGGAGCUUUUCCCCUGUCUUCAGCGCUUUUACCUGUAUGGAUAACCGUAAAGGAUAACCACCAUUGCUGUUACAUAAGGGAUAACCACCAUUGCUGUUACAUAAAGGAUAACCACCGUUGCUGUUACGUAAAGGAUAACCACCGUUGCUGUUACAUAAAGGAUAACCACCGUUGCUGUAAAGUAAAGGAUAACCACCGUUGCUGUUAAGUAAAGGAUAACCACCGUUGCUGCUACAUAAAGGAUAACCACUAUUGCUGUUAAGUAAAGGAUAACCACCGUUGCGUAAAGGAUAACUACUAUCGCCCAGUUCCCAGUAACAGUCGAACGUAACACCAGACAUCGAAUAUCGUGUUGGUACACUUAAGAAUACUCUACUUUACCAAGGACCUAUUGUUGAAGUGUGCUGUGAUAGUAUAAGAAAAUAUGGGUGGUUGUUCUUCCAAAGAGGAAGAAGCCGGGAAGUACUUGGAGCAGUCCCUGUUCGAGCAUGAGGCGGGUAUCAACUGUAUGGCGCUCAGUGAUGACGGGUCCGUCCUGGCCACAGGCAGCGAGGACAAGACUGCCAGACUAUGGAGCACGAGGACGGAAUACUGUGAAUGUAUUGGUAUCCUCCGAGGACAUACAGACUACAUCAACUGCAUCCUUAUAGAGGAAUGCUUUGUCCUCACCGGAAGUGCAGACAGAUCCAUCCGGAAGUGGGAUGUCGGAACGUGCGAAUGCGUACUUGUGAUGCGUGGUCAUUCCUCUCUGAUCUACCGUAUGAUCUGUACCGGAGAUUUCAUAUUCACCAGCUCAUAUGAUCGCACCGCCCGAUGCUGGGAUUUCGACUCAGGGGAAAACGUACGGGUGUUUCGGGGCCACAAGAGAGGGGUAUACCCACUCAUUUUCAUCCCAGCCGAUGAGGACGAAAUUGCUGAUGACGAAGAUCUGGAUGGAGGUCGGGACAUCCUCAUCACUGGGUCGGCUGAUUUCUCCGCCAGGUCAUGGAACUUCGACACCGGGUGUUGCUUGAAGAUUUUCAAGGGUCACCGAGGGGCAGUCACGUGCAUGAGUGUCGACCCAACCGGCCGAGUAUUGUUUACCGGAAGUACGGACUUCACCGUCCGCAGCUGGAAUCUAUUCAAGGGCACCCAACUGAAGAUGUUCUCGGGCCACCAGGGAGCAGUCAUUUGUAUGCAGGUGGUCAACAAGAUCAUGUACACCGGUAGCUCUGACCACACUGGACGGUCCUGGGUGACUGAAUUUGGUGACUGCACCCGAGUAUACAGAGGACACAAGCACACCGUCAGUGUCAUCAGAGUGUUCGACGGCAUGGUUUACACAGCUUGUGGCGACUCUGUGUGUCGAUGCUAUGACGCCAAGAGUGGCGCCCUAAAACGGGAAUUUGUCGCUCAUGAGAGUACCGUCACAGCUCUGCAGGUUGUUGACGGGCGUCUGUUCACUGCAUCUUAUGACGGCAGCCUGAAGGUCUGGGAUGCUACUGGAAUCAAGGAUGACACGACCUUCGGCAAAGAUGAUGACAAGGACAAAGAUAAGAUGCGAGAGGUUGAGAAAUACACCGGCUUCGAGCAGCCUCAAGUGGACAACAACCAGAACGGGAUACAUCAGGACCAAAAGAUAAUGAUUGACUAAGCAAAUCAUAUUUGGGCAUGAUUUGUGAUAUUUGGCUUUGCCCAGAUAUAACAGUUUGAUAAGUUUGUGAAUUAACAAUUCGAAAUUGUUUUUGCUCUCAAAGGGGUUUUCUUUGUAAACUUAAAAUCUGCAACCGUUCAACGAAUAAUCCUUUCUGUUGCUGGAUUUAUGUCAAUAUGUAUCCCAUUAAGCAAACCUAAUGCACUACACUGUACAACCCGCGAAAGAAAGAACACUGGAGCAAUCGUGGAUAAAGGUCGAAUUAGACAAACAAGAACAUCAAUCAAACUAAUUUGGCGCAAAUGCUUGUUAUCAAUUAUUAUGAUGCUUUGUAUAAAUGCAAGCAUGGCUUUGUUGUAUAAACAACAUCUUUCGUUGCUGCCUCAAAGACUCACAGUAUUCAGGCCCACUAUAUCCAAAACCCAAUAGGCUUAUGGCUAGCGGACGUGACGUAUUUAAAGGAAUGCUGGGAAAACCAACAUGGCGUCUAGCCAAGGCACGUCCUACUUACAAUGAUGCCAUACGACAUGAUACUGGGUAGCUGUCCGAUGGAUGUUUCACGAAUGACGUCUUUCACAAAAUUCUAUAUUUUCACACGUUUGAACUCGCACGUAGUUAGACGUUGUAAAUAUAUGUUGUCGUCAUGUAUGAUGUUGUUGAUUGUAAAUAACUCACUCGCAAUGUGAGACAGGUAUAGUUGUCGAAGGAGAGUGUUUAAGUACAAUACGAUUCGAAAUAGGCUUCUUUGGAUUUUAAGUAACAACUCAUUUUUCAGAGAAAAGGUAUAAUCGAAGUCACUGGACAUGACAGAGAUAAAGUAAUGAUUAUUAUAGAUAUAUAUUUAAGAUUAAAAAAAACCCAUUCAAAUUCAAAUUGACCUAUCCCCCAUUUCCAAAUAUAGGAACAGUAUAUAUGCUUUGUAAGAUAGGUAGAAUAUUGUUAUUGUUUUGUUCAUUUGAAUGUCCUAGCUGAUCUACGUACAAUCGUUUACUGCUGAUUUUUAACAUUUACUAGUUAUCUUUUUUGUGUUUGUUAUUUUAAGAGAUUGUUUUGGAAUAUCCUCUUUUCUCAACUGCUGCACACACUACUGGACGUAACUGCUGAUUAAUGGCGGACGUAGACAACUUAUUGUUUGAACACUUGUUGACUUAUUUUAUUCUUUCAAUGCUCACUGAUUUUACAGUUUUCAAUUCGAAAUAUUUUUAACUGAAAAUAAAUCAAAGGGUAUGAGCAUCCUUUUGGAAGGUAACGUCAGCUUUAAUGAGAUAUGACAACACUGCUUAUAUAUACAAUGGUUCUUCGCAAAAUGUUCCUCUGCACAGACUUUAUAAAUAUUGCAUUAGCUAAUUCUUUUGUUCAAUGAACAGUUUUCAGCAAAUAUUAAUUAUCAUUAAUUAUCGAUUGACCUAAUAACUGCGGUUUAUUGAAAAUAACACUAGUAUCACCUAUAUGCAUAAUUUGUAUAUGUGUUACAUACUUACACAUUGUUAAUGCAAUCUGUGAUGUUGUGUAAAUGAUCGUGUAGUAGAAAGGUUAUUGUUAAUCCGUCCAACAAAUUGUGAUAUACAUGUUUUUAUCUCUUGAAAUGUUAAGUAGCAAGUGAUGCAUUUGUAUUUUAAGCAAACAAAUUGUCUGCAUUUUGACUCACUGUCAUAAUAUUUAGAAACUGUUUCCAAAGCUGCUGAUGCAGCAUCAGCCAAACUACUCAUGUGAUAAGUUUUGAGUGAUCUUUAAAUAAAUAUUUGUUCCAUUUGUUUCAUUUGGUAUAAAUCGUUUAAGAGAGUAAAAUACUGUACAUGUAUGUUUUAAACCAUAAACGAAAGGAAAAUAUCUCUGAGCUUUCAAAAAUAUCUGAAAACUGUGCAGGGUAGUAUUUGUAUUUCAGAAAUUGUUUUUGUUGUAGAAUAGAGUCUUGGAAAUUUCUGAAGCAGAAUGUAGUGUUGGCUGAGAUAAAUCAAAUAACCUUUGAGCCACGUUCAAAUGUAAGGACAUUCAACCAAUCUACAUAUGUUUCUUGAAGUAAACCAUGAGGGCUUCUUCACACGAUAAUAACACUAAUCUCAAGCUCAAUGUUUUAAUUAUUUUCUAAGACAGCAACAUGCUGAUAAUGGCUGAAACCAAUUAUAACACAAUAAAAUGUCGUCAUGACAGAAAGGAGAGCCAUUACACUUCUAUUUCUGUUAUAUAGGGGUAGGCAAUUGCACAGCACGAUAAGGAAUAUCAAAACGGUUUUGGAUAUCUUUCGAAAUACUGACACAUUCCUUCUGAGAAAUACAUUCACUCAACAAGAAAAAUUGUCUAAAAAUACGUUCCUAGAAUGACAUUAUGUUCGUAUAUAUGAGCGUGAUCUAGGACGUAUUUUCUCGUUUACUUUCUCCUGAUUGUCGGAUGUUUAGUUUUGAUGAGGUUGGCAUGAUCGAAAUAGUAAACAAGAAGAUUUGCUAUUAUCGCUACAUUUUAAUGCAUGGCAAUUAUUGGUUUUGUUCAAGCAAGAAGUCAGUUAUCUUGCUUUUUGUCUUGUUUAUGCUUUGAAAGACAUCAGUAUGGAAAAUAUUUGAUCUGCGGGAACCAAGAAAUACCUGAAUAUUAUAUAUAUAUUACUUGCAUAGGAAGACAACAUGCAAUGCCAUCGUUUGGCGGAAAACCUAAUUCGGAGACUUCAAGUUCUUUUCAAGUUUGUGUUAACAGUGUUUCUGUUCAAGAAUAAAUGAAAGAAGAACAUUGAUUUAGGAAAACAAUCCGGAUUAUUUAUGGUGCUUGGUGCCAGCCGAUCUGAUAUUGCCAUGCAGUUGCCCUUAAGGGAAAUUCAGCCAUGUGCCUUUCUGAGAUUCUUUUAAGCUCAUAUGCAAGACAGUUUACCAAACACAUUUUGAUAAUGUCGAGCAUUGUUUGAGAUAGGCUGUAUCUUCGUAGGCUCUGACUAUCUAUGCACCCACCUAUUUGAAAUAGUAUCAGAGAGACAUGCUUCAAAGGUAGCACAUUCAUGCCCUGCUAAGAACAUAUCUGUAUAAAUAUAUAUAUUCAAUAAAGAAACUAUCCAUCUUCA